AUGAGGCUGCAAAAGAAAAAGCAAGAAUUAGAAGAGAAAGGAUUUAUCUUUGACCUUUAUCAUUACCUUUGGUAGGACGAAGAUCCAUAGUAGAAUAAGCAUGUUGUACCUUCAGUUAAUAUACCAGAUACAAUUUAUUACAAAUAUGGUGAACCUAGACUAUGGUUUUUUACAGAUAAAAAUGGCUAAGUUAAAAAAAAAAUGAAAAACAAGUUAACAAUAGAAAAAAUUGAAGAGGAAUUUCUUGAUAAAGCUCCAGACUGCAAUAUAGUAGCAUUUUUUGUAUGGACUUCUUAGAAUGGUUAAAAUUACAGAUUUGAGUAUUUUAAUCCAGAUGAUUUUGUCAAAUUCUUAUAUAGUAAAAGCUAUGAAAAAGAAGGAUAUUUGCAGAGAUUCAUUUAAUCAAAAGGAACUCAUAACUCUGUUAUUAAAACAAUAUGGUCACCUAAAGUCUGCUUCCAUGAGAAAUAUCAGAAUCAAUAACCUAUAAAUGACACAACUCUUGAUAUUUAUUAAAGAGUUAUCAAUAUUGAAACAACAAAAAACCAGUGUGAAAUCACAUAACUAAAAGGAAGAUGUCUUCCUAUCAAGAUAAACGAACUAUCUGAAUAAAUUGCUCUUCAUCUAGAAAGAGUUUCCACUUAAAAAAAGAAAAUCAGAUAAAUGGAAUUGAUUUAUAAAUUAGAUUAGCAAGACAAAUUAUAUCUGCUAUUUUGUUAAAAUAUUAUUUCAGAAAGAGCCAUAGAACUGUAAUAGGAGUAAAACUAAGAAUACUCAUAUUCUAUUCCUAGCUAUAUAAAUACAGAUAAAAUAUAACUCCCAAGACCAUUAAAUCUUUUAAAAUCUAACUAAUGUCUGAACUGUGAAAAGCUAUUAGAUGAAGAGUCUGUAUAUUAAAUAGAUUUAGAUACUAUAAUUUAAGCAUGGGAUUUUGAUCAUAUUGCUGAAGAUCAAUACUUAGCAGAAUAUGAAAUUGAUAAAAAUGAAAAGCUGAUAAAAAAAUAGAAAGAAGCAAAACAGCUGAACCCUUUAGAGAAAAGGAAAGAUGCUACCUUUAACUUUUAUAGUAUAACUAAAAAUUAUUAAGUUCCUAAUGUGUUAAGAAGAGUAUUUCCAAAUUUAGAAUAUUAAGAUUUGUUGGAUAAUAGAAGCAGUGCUGUUUUUUAAGUGUAAAAAAUAACAGUAUGUGAAGAGUGUUAUUUAAAGGUUAUGGACAGUGCACAUUAUGGAUAAAAUCUUAAAAAUCUUGCAAAGUACAUAAUAAAAUCAAGUGUUCAUAAAACUGAUGAUUUAGUUCCAUUAAAAAAUGAUAGAAUAUUUUUUCAUAAAUUUAAAACAUAAGCAUUGAACGAAGAGAAACAACUAAAAAAUAAAUCAAUAGAAAAGUUUAAAAGUGAAAAAAGCCUAAACAAAAAUUUUUUAGUACCAGAUUCCUAUAAAGACAGCAGUAAAACGAAUAUGAAUAGAUCAAACAGUAGCUCGAAGAUUUUUUCCUCUAGCUUUAUCAGCAAGGAGUAAAAUGAAUCAAGUAUAAAGCAAAUAUCUGAAAUGUAUUUGAAAUUUCCUUUUUUAGAAACAAAUAAGUCACUUAAACCUUUAAAACUCCCAUAUAAUAUUGGAUUAUUAAAUACAUCUAAAAAAGAAGCUGGAAAUUAAAAUAUUUUGAAUUAGAAUUAAAAUAGUAAUUUAUAAGGUAAGUAAAGUGAAAGCAUCAUUGAUAAGGAUUAUACUUAAAGUCAAAUAUCAAUAAAAUAGGAUUAAAAUAAUACUGUAGCUGAUGAAAUUACUAUAAAAUCUCCUACUGUUUAAUCUCCUAAGAUUAAUUUAAAAUCUAUUGACUCUGAAACAAAAGACUCAGUAACUUUACGAGGAAAAAUAUCUUAAAUUUCAAACAGAAGUAAUAAAAUAUUAAACUAUAAUAUAAGCUAAAGAUAGUAUCUCAAACUUGCUAAAUUGUAUCCAAAUGAGAUAAAAGAUAUGAAUGUAAUUCCAAAUAGCUUUUCUCGCUAUAAAAGUGAAUCUCAUUCUAAACAUCACAAAAGUAAUAGUUUCAGUUAAAUUUAAAAUUCAAUCACUUCUAAAAAUGCUGAAUAAAAACUACCAUAAAUAUCUGAUGAUAACAAAUAACAACUUGGUUAAAAUAACUAAUAAAUUAAUCAAAAAUCUUGA